AGUAUUUUAUGAUUGUGCUGUGUAUUUAUAGUCCGUUUAUGCAAUUCAAAUUUUAAAAAAAGUUUAAGUUACAAAAUUGUUUAAGAGUUUUUCAAGUUUUGCUCUAGCUGAAUUGAGUUUAUAAUUUAGGUAUGCAAGAUUGUGAAUCCAGUUUAAUUUUCAAGUGGUUUAGACUGUCGGCGUUUUUCAACAAUUUUUUUUGUAUGCAGUUCACAAAAAUAUAGUCCACAAUUGUCGGCUUUUUAUAUAUCAUCUUUUUAAAGGAAUAUAACUGUGUGUCUUGAUUUAAUUCAAUAUGGAAGAACAAGUGAAAAGUACGAAAUCAUCAUGUCCACAGCUAAUAGUUUUAAAUUCUUCAAAUGAAAAUUAUAACGUUAGCCCAAAUGAAACAUAUUUGAAAAAUGAACCUCAUAAAAAUAGGACAGCAUUUAAAGAAAACAGUGCUUCUCCGUUCAAAUUGCCAUUGUCUCCUUUGAAAGCUUUGAAGUCACCAUUUAAGGGUAGAAGAUCGUUAUCGCCAUUGGAUCUAAAUACAAGUGAUUUAAUGCCGCGAGAAUCUCUAGGAAUUUUACCAAGUGAUAUAUUCUCCAGGGAAUCCUUAGGAGGGCGAUUUCAUAUCAGUGUAAGGGAUGCUUUUGAAGCUGCAAACGUCAGUGCAAGAGACUCUCUUGGGAUUCUGAACAUUAGCGAAAUUGAUUUGGAUCCAGUCAAUAUCUUUGACAUAAAGAAUACUUUAGAAGAAUCAAAACGGAACAUAAACGAAACUACCAAAGUUUUAAAGACUCCAAAUUUAACUUUUGAUCUGGACCAAUCCUUAAAGCACAAUGAACAAUUUGCAUUUGGCUUGGAAACAGAUAAUUCAAGCCCCUAUAGUUCGAGUUGUUUCAAUACCGGCUUCUUAUAUCCAAAUUCAGUAAAGCAGCCACUGCUAAGUGGUUUUUCCGGAAGGUCUGCAAUUCUAUCAUGCAAUUCAUGGACAUCAGAGGAGGUUUCAAUUAUCCCUCCAUUGGCAAAUUCUUUACAGCAGGAUCCUAAUUUAAUAUUCGAAAUGUUCAAAACUGAUAUCUUCAAUCAAGGUUUUGAAGGUUCAGAAGUCAUGACAAAUCUGGCCUCUCCAUCUUUUACAUGGCAGACUAACAAAGGAAAGUUUAGUACUAGCAUAGAAAAUGUCAGAAAAAGAAUCCAAUCUCUUCCAGUAACAUUUGAGGAGAAGGUGCUAGCCGAGUUAGAGACGGAAGGUGGAAACCAAGAGGACUCUGUGUUUUGCGAUCUGAACAAGCUUGGCGAUGAUGCAGUUUUUGAAGACCAAUCAGGUAGAGACUUUUUGGAUUCUAUAUCUCAACCGGAUUGGCCAGAUAGUUCAGGAGACUCGAGUAAUUCUUCCGAAUGCGAAGGCAAGGAAAAAUACAAUGAGGAAACAGUUUCUAGAGCCGUCGAGCUGGAGGCGCACCUCCUACAAGUGGAAGAUGUACCAAAAAUCAACAGUAACAAGAACGACGGAAACGUGCCUUUAGAAACAAGCGCCAGUAUAAGUCGAAUUUCGAAAAAUAGUUGCGAUGAUAAUUCGCCAACGCACGGCGUUUCCAACGACACGGGUCAAAAUCGGCCUACUCAAACGAGCGCCGAAAGUGCGAUGAAAAUUCUUAUGAAUUUAUCAAAUAUAAUUCAAGAGGACGCAAACUUGUCCACAUCUCAGAAACAAGAGGGACAGCAUAUGAUCGAUAUGCUAUCGGCUAUUUUGUGCCCUUCUCAGAAUAAGAAUUGCAGUUCAGAAGAUUCUGGGCGGUCUUCUGGUGAUGAUCGUCGGGUCCAACAUACCACGGUUGAAAAUGGACAGUCGGUCCAGUCGCGCUCAGUGAAAUCAGCUGGAUCUGAUCCAAAGGUAACCUCGUCAAACAAGAAAGAGUCCUCAGCCAGGAAUGGUUACGAGGCAAAAAUGCCCGUUACCGGUUUGAAAAAAACCAAGGUAUCCCUUAGCGGAUCUGUUAGAAAGGGUCCGCUCAGAGCGAUAAUACCUGUAGAAGACAUGACCAAGAUUAACACCGGCAAUUUAACUCGUUCAACGAGACCUAAAAAAGAAAACGUCCCAAGGUCUAGCAGAACGAGUACUCCGUUACAAGAGCCGAAAAUGAAACCGAUGGCCUCCUCUACCCCCACCGCCGACGGUCAGUUUAAGUUCCCAAAGGAUGGCACCGUUUCUCCCACCAUCUCGAGACCGAAGCCUGCAAAGUCCAAUUUGAAGGACAGUCCUUUAGAAGUUGGGAGGCCCAAGACUGGCUCUGUGGGGUUACCAAGGUUAGUUGCCAAUCGAUCUGCUGCCAAAUCCGAGUCAAAACUCUUCAGAAGAAACUCGACAUCCGAUUUGCCUAAACAAGGUGCAACUUUGAAACGUAGCCAUUCGCUGGGAAAAGAGUCGAAAAUCAAAUUGACCCUGGGCAAAGUGAGACAAAAUAUUUUGAACUCGCCGUAUUAUGCGCCCAGACAGCCAACAGUGGCGGCGCAAGCGGCAGGGAAUCAAAACCGAAAACUUGUGGACGUUAAAAGCGUAGCAUCCGGAAGGAAAGUCCCAGCAAUGGUACCGGUUCGUAGGAAUAGCAACAAAGAAAACGUCGAACCUCUGUAGAUAGAAGUGCAAUUUCAGAACUGAAAGUAAAAGGUAUUUAUUUAAUCCAAAAUGACAAUAAAUUUUGCGUGAUAUGCGGUUUAUGGUCUGAGCCAAUUAGCAUUAAACGCGGUUUUUGUAUGUGUUUGUGUGUAUUGUGUUGCGAAUUUUCAUUUUUUAACUUAAAUAGUUUUUUGUCAUUGGCCACAUCGUAUGGCAAGACCAAGCAGAGUAUUUUAUAGAAUAUUGAAAUGUGAUAUAAGUUACAAGCGUUUUAGGAUUGUUAU